UCUAAUUUUACAUUGAUUUAUUAUGUUUUAAUUACUUAGUGAUAACCUGAAGUGCUUUGGGUUUAUAUGUCCAUGUUGCUUUCCACACAUUUCCAUUUCUUAUUUGGUUACCAUGGGUUCUAGUCCAGUAGCUUCAAAUAAUAAAUUUUUAUUCUGUAAGCAAGUGCAUGAUUUUUCUUCUGAUGCUUUUGUAGGGAUGUAGUUGCGAUACUGUGAUGUAACUUGAAGUAUUUAUUGCAUGAGAAUGCAGCAAACAACAAGUGAAUUUUAUUGUGAAUUUGUCACUUUCUGCCCACUAGCCAAAACAAAAACAAAACAACAACAACCAACAACUCACACUUCUAGUUAAAAGUUUAUUAAUGAUACCACAAGAAGAAGAAAUGAGCACUUAAAUCUAAAAUUCUGUUUGGCCAUCUGACAAACAUUUCUUGAAAUAUGAUAAUGUGGGAACAAGCCCUUCAGGUGUGACUGAUGUUUGAGCACUAAGGGCAGUUGCACCAUUUUCUGGGAAUGAGGUUAUAUCAUGAAAGUUGUUUAUUUCUUGAUAUUACUCGGAUGUUAUUGUAACAGUUGUGCCAUUAUCAGUAGAAAAACUAUGGCUCAGUGACUGUAUUGCAAGACACUGCAACUAUACAUUGUUGACAUAUGGGAAAAGUUAAUUAAACCAUCAUACUGUGGGUCUACCAGCCUGACUUUCAACUACCUACAAAACUCCGUGGUGUCAUAUAGAAAACAGCAGUUGACAUUUUCACUGUCAUAGAACUUCCAGUCUUCUUGCCAUCAUCAAUUUCUUAAACCACUCAAAUUGUACGAGAAAAAAUAUGUAAGUUAUCCUCUAGUAAAGUCGAAAGGAAUGUUCAGUGCCUGUCACAGUUUUUGUCAAAUAGAAAAAAUAUGCUGAACAGCUUCAAGAAGAUGUUAUAUUUUCAAACAUAAGUAUGCUUCUGGAUCCUUUUGGAGAUGUGGCUUGUGAAAUUUUCUAACCUACAAGAGUAUUGUGUUUCUGGAGAGAAGUUUUGUUUUGAAGUCUACUUGAAUCUGAAUAAUUUUACUUCAGCAUAUUAGCAAAUUGUAGACAUUUCACUGAAAUUAAAAUUCUUUAAAAAUGUAUCGGUUUAAGAUGUGUCUGGUAUUUCCCGGGUGAACAUACAUACAGAUGCUUGUUUAAUACAACACAUUUUUAGUUUUUAGUGGAAGAUGUAAUUGAAUGAAAACAUUUAUGAUCCUAUGUGAUCUCUUGGACCAGACAGAGACAGGAAGACGACAGCGUUUGAAAUUAAAUUGCGUGAAAAUGUACGGAGCGAAUGCCCCUUUCUAUGUUGACAUAGGAGGCAUGAGGAAGGAAUACAAGGGGAAAUCAGAAAUAUUUACAGAGAAAGAUUUAAAAGGAAAAGAACCAUUUGGUCAGUUUAAAGAAUGGUUUGAAGAGGCAUGUAAUCAUCCUUCAAUACUAGAAGCCAAUGCAGUGUGUUUAGCUACUGCAACAAAAAAGGGCAUUCCUUCAGCUCGGCAAGUGCUUCUGAAAGGAUAUGGAACAGAGGGCUUUAGAUUCUUCACAAAUUACAACAGCAGAAAGAGUCAAGAACUUGCUGAGAAUCCUCAUGCUGCUUUAAAUUUCUAUUGGGAAGCACUAAAGAAGGCUGUUCGAGUGGAAGGUCACGUAGAGAAAGUAUCAGCGGCUGAGUCAGAUGAGUACUUUCACUCUAGAUCCAUACCAAGCCAGAUUGGUGCCGUCGUGAGUGAACAGAGCAAGCCCAUUGCCAGUAGGGAUGUCCUUACGAAGAGAAAUGCAGAGCUGUCAGAGGAAUAUGGCGAUGGCUCAGAACAGGUUCCUCGUCCUGAACACUGGGGAGGGUUCCUUGUUGUACCUGAAGUAAUAGAGUUCUGGCAGGGGCAGACUGACCGUCUGCAUGACAGGAUUCGGUUCAGGAGGCAGAAGAAUGAGGAUGAGCCUGACGGAGUCCUGCUACAUCAGGGUGACAAUGGCUGGGUAUAUGAGAGACUUUCACCGUGAAUAAUGGACUGGUUACAUAUAAUCUUCUUACCAGUACUUCUGAAUUUGUCACAAGGCUAACAACCUUGCACCGUAAAAAGGAAGAUGUUUCAAAGCCUCGGACAGACGGACCUAACAGAGGACCGAAUGGAAGAGGAGAAUUGAGGAGGCCAUGGACUGAAUACGGAUAGGAGAGCUGUAGAAGAAGAAGAAGUGGGUAUGUCUUGUAUUAUGUAAUUACUGUACUUUCUUUCAUUACAGAAUAUUUCUGGGA